GCACCUGCCAUCUCUCGCUCCAUCUCAUACCCUCGCGAUGGGCGCGGCCACCGCAAUCCGAGCGCUCCGCUGCUGCCCCCAUCGGACGACGCCUAUCCUCCUCUCCUCAUCUCCUCCCGUGCUCUCUUUGCGAACCCUAACCUCUCGCCACGCCCACGGCUCGAUUCUCCGGCUGGGAUUCCCCCCUCUUCCGCCGUGGAUCGGUCUCAAGCACAUCGGCGUCUCAUUCCCGCGAGGUUAUGGCCAGAGAGAAAAGAAGGGUAAAUAUCGUGGUAAAGUUGUUUAUGCUUCUUUGUUUGGUGUUGGAGCCCCGGAAGCGCUGGUUAUUGGAGUGGUGGCUUUGCUGGUCUUCGGUCCUAAAGGACUAGCCGAAGUGGCACGCAACUUGGGAAAGACUUUGCGAGCUUUCCAGCCAACACUAAAAGAGCUUCAGGAAGUGUCAAAGGAAUUCAAGAGCACCCUUGAACGGGAGAUAGGACUUGAUGAAGUUGCAUCUUCUACAAAUUACAACAGCAAGCCCACUCCAAAUGUGAAUGAAAAUCAAAGAGCUGUAUUUGACACAAAUGGCAAGCCUUCAGCCGGACCAUACACCAGUGAAGAGCUUCUGAAAAUCACAGAAGACCAGCAGUCUGCAUCUACUACAAGAACCCAAACAGAAGCGCCCACUUCUGAAGAACAACCACAAGCAGCAUCAUCAACGUCAGAAGUUGCAGCUGCCAAUCCGUCAGAAACUACAGCUUCUGCUGCUUCAGAAACUGCUGCUCAAGUACCUUCAUAUGAGAAGGCAGAGAAUGAUGGAUAAUAAUUUCGGCAGGCAUCAUCAUAGCAAGCAAUUGGUCGAGAGGACAGCAGUUUUCCCAGAUUAAAUAUGUGAGCUAAAAGUUUAGAACUUUCUGGUGAGUGAAUUUUGUACUCCUUGCAUCGAUCAUCUUUUUGUAUAUCGAGACGUGGAGAUGGGCAUGGCACCAAUAAUGGUUCAGAGUUUUAAAGCUAGCUGGGAUAUGUAAUGCAUCAUUUCCCUCACGAGCAGCAAGUGUUGUAUGAUUAUUUUACAUUGUUAAGAAUCAUCUGAGAAAAUCUGAUAAUCUGUCAUCCGUGGAUUAAUAUGUAAUUUAUGAGGAACAGAAUCACAUA